AGAACUCCAGCCACUGCGAGCACCAGCAGCGUACCAGCUUCGGCACCUUCGCUGCUCACGGCCACGACCCCACCACCGGCCAUCUUCCCACUGGCCAGCAGCAAUACACUCCACAACCAGUCCCUCCGGCAGCACCCUGCGAUCAUCUUGAGAUUUGAUCGCUUUUGGAAGUGCAUCUGACGAUAAUAUAUACAAGAAUGGGAUACAUAGGGGCUCAUGGUGUUGCUGCGCUGCAUAGAUACAAGUAUAGUGGCGUGGAUAAUUCUUAUCUCGCCAAAUAUGUGCUAAAUCCGUUUUGGAGGCGCAGUGUUAAUUUUUUCCCCCUCUGGAUGCCGCCAAACAUGAUCACGCUAAUGGGUUUUAUUUUCUUGGUUACAUCUGCUUUGCUUGGCUAUAUGUAUUCACCUCGCUUGGAUGUGGCUCCACCAAGAUGGGUUCAUUUUGCUCAUGGAUUACUUCUCUUCUUGUAUCAGACCUUUGAUGCCAUUGACGGGAAGCAAGCAAGACGAACUAAUUCCUCAAGUCCAUUGGGGGAGCUUUUUGAUCACGGAUGUGAUGCGCUUGCUUGUGCGUUUGAAUCAAUGGCGUUUGGGAGCACUGCCAUGUGUGGAAGAGGAAGUUUUUGGUUCUGGGUGGUUUCAGCUGUUCCAUUUUAUGGUGCAACAUGGGAACACUAUUUCACCAAUACCCUUAUUCUCCCGGUGAUAAAUGGACCAACUGAGGGUCUCAUGCUGAUAUAUGUCUGUCACUUUUUUACAUGUAUUGUUGGGGCUCAGUGGUGGGUUCAACAUUUUGGAAAAUCUGUGCCCUUUCUGAGCUGGCUUCCAUUUAUUUAUGAAAUCCAGACAUACAAAGUUAUUGUGUUUCUAUUGACUGCUUUUGGUGUUAUACCAACAAUUACAUUCAACGUAUACAAUGUUUAUAAAGUUGUUCAGGCAAGAAAAGGCAGCAUGCCACUGGCACUAGCCAUGCUUUGCCCUUUUGUUGCUCUCCUGGGAGGAGUCCUAGUGUGGGAUUAUUUGUCUCCAUCAGAUAUAAUGGGGAACUAUCCACAUCUUGUCAUUCUAGGGUCCGGGCUUGCUUUUGGGUUCCUUGUGGGAAGAAUGAUUCUAGCUCACUUGUGUGAUGAACCCAAGGGCUUGAAAACUGGAAUGUGCAUGUCGCUAUUGUAUCUCCCUUUUGCCAUUGCAAAUGCACUCACUGCCAGAUUGAAUGAUGGGGUUCCUUUGGUGGAUGAUAGAUUGGUUCUUCUUGGGUACUGUGUAUUUACAGGGGCACUAUAUUUGCACUUUGCCACCUCAGUCAUUAAUGAAAUCACAACAGCUCUGGGGAUCUAUUGUUUCAGGAUAACUAGGAAAGAAGCUUAAAAUUUGCUGAUAUUUUCUCAGCUGUCAAGCUGGGGAAAUGAAGAUUAUUGAGAUGUUUCAAUCUCUUUUGAUUCAAUAUAUUUAUGGUGGAGUUGAUACUGGAGCCAGUGUACAAGGUUUGGUUCCGUCACUCCAGCUGUUGUAAUAGAUUAGGCAGGGCAUUUUUGGUGGGAUCUUUUUAUAAUUUUGACCUUUUGAUUGUUUACUAGUUAUUUUUGAUUUGCAUUCUGUUAGGUGUAAUCCAAUUUAACAGGUUUAGGCUUUUGAAAUGGGUUGAUGCAACUCAUUAAUACCGUACGUGUUCAUUUAAAAUUCUUCAAUGUAACCCAUUAGGGAGAUAUUGUAACCAUGUUGGAUUGCAAUUGAGAGAAUUGGAUCUUAAAUUUAAA